AUGUCGAUUUCCAGUGAGAAUCAGGCGCUACCUGCCAGCGUGCCGACUCUGGGGCUGAAGAGGAAGGCUUUCAAAGCCCCCCUUGCAGUCCGACCCGCAGUGAGCAACAUUCCUCCCGCGGCCCGCGAGGAUGCGGGCCCCAAGCCCGUUUCUGCGUCAGAGGAGCAUUAUUACUUCAAUGUACUGUACACCAAGCACAAUCCCGGCAAGCUUCGUAAAAACAAGAGCUGGGCCGAUGGAGUGCUGGAGAUGCGAGCCGGUGGCAGGACCACGCUCUUCGACACCAGUGGGAAGAGUGUGACGCAGACUGUGGCGCGUGGGUAUGACCCGCCCAGCAUGGGGGAGGGGUCCUCUGUGCUCCUCGGGGGCUGGGAGCUGGAGGUGCAGAACCGCAUGGAGGCAGCCGAGUUCAGGUAG